AUGUCAAGCCGGAGUGUCAAAGUCGCAGUCACCCAAGCCGAGCCCGCAUGGAUUGACCUACCUGCUGCCGUUGAGAAAACAUGUAUCCUCAUUAAGGAGGCCGCAUCGAAUGGCGCCCAACUCAUCGCCUUCCCUGAAUGCUGGAUUCCUGGUUAUCCGGUAUGGAUCUGGAGCCGUUUCAUCGACUUCGACCUUAAUGUCCGCUAUAUCAAGAACUCUCUUCAACUGAACUCUCCUGAGAUGACUGCUAUUCAAGCCUGUGCCAAGGACAACAACAUCGCUGUUUCCCUUGGGUUCUCGGAAAACGACAACAGCUCUCUAUUCAUCGCACAAGCCUUGAUCGGCCAGGACGGCGAGAUCAAAGUACACCGUCGAAAAAUGAAGCCAACGCACAUGGAGAGAACCGUAUUCGGCGAUGCUUCUGGCCACUGCUUGAAGAGUGUGGGCGACUUGUGCUUUGCCCGGGUUGGUUCCCUAGCAUGCUGGGAGCACAUCCAACCACUUCUGAAAUACAACACCAUUGCACAAAAAGAGGAAAUACACGUUUCGGCGUGGCCAAGUGUUACACCUCACUCUGGUGGUGGCCCAGACAUGUGGUCAAUGAGUGCGGAAGGUUGGUGA